AAUCCUUUUGUGUCAGCGUGCUUGGAAUGCUCAUCUGCGAGGCGUGAGCGACUGAAAGAUGGCCAUCCUGGAGUCUUGUUGCUUCUGGAAGGAUGUGCGGAGUGGCAGUUUUGCCUGCGCCAUCUACACAUUGGUUUACUUUGGCUUCUCGACGCUGAUGUUUUUGUUCUACCUGCGCGGGGAGCAGGAAUUUCUGGUGGGGAACCGCGCUCAACCGAUGGGCGAAAGUCUGCUGGAGAAGGGUGAUGUGACUGUAGUGACUGUGAUAUUCAACGUUUUGUUACUGUUUUGCUCGAUGCUGAUGGUGCUGUCGUCCGUUCUGUUAAUAUUGGGUCUCCAGCAGAACAAACGACAGCUGCUGAUACCCUGGAUUUGCUUCAUGCUGGGCGACAUGCUCAUCGAGUGCUUCCACCUGGUUUAUUUGGCCCUCUCCCGCCGCGUAAAGUUUGAUCCUAUCGUCGGUUUCAUCUUCACCAUGGACUUCUUCCUCCUGUGCCUCAACCUCUACUGUCUGCUGUGCGUCAUCUCGCAGUACCAAACAUUCCGCGCCCAGCGAGCGGAGCUGCAACAGGCGAACUCCUCGGCAUCGCCUAUUGUGGUCUUCACAGCAGCCGAGAAGCUAACCAAAACGCAGCAGCAACAGCAGCAAACGCAGCAGCAGCAGCAACAUAAUCGGCAGCAACAGUUGGAGACCGGAACCGGAAACGGGAAGCGGCGACGAAUGCUCGCGGCUGCCAGUCCGCUGAUCACCUCGCAGCGGCUCACCAACUUCUCCACCAUCACCGAGGAGGAGGAGCAGCAGUCCCGGAUAGGCCACCCACCGGAUCAGACGAAUGGAGAGCAACUGGCCCGAAUUCCAAUUAUUACUCUGGCUUCCAGCCCGGCUCAUUGCAGUGAUGCAAGUCCCACUCGUCACUAAGCCAACGUUACGUAUU